CGCUGGUUAUUCGUUGGAGCAACUCUUCGCUUAGUGCGACAGUGGUCCGAUUAUAUAUUUAUAUAUAUUUAGGCGUCUGAAACUGUGUAUUGAGUGGGGACGGACCCACCGUCAACUUUAAAAUAGCUCCAGUGAUUUUGAUUGACCGCUAAUACCCAUAUGAAGGCUCGAAAAAACUGCAGAGUCCUCGGAGGAGGCUCCCUCCUGGUUGGACUUCUGUACGGAUCUCUUGCUUGCUGCGUCCUAGGUGACGCCGUGGAAGUUAUAGAGCUGGGAAACAAUUGGAUGAUAACUAAUCAAAAUGGCUCAUUAAGCAUAGACGACCAAACUCUUCCCUCCGGUAUAUACAGCGCCUUUGGACCGCAAGUUUUACACUCAUAUAAUGACGUUGGCUUGCGUUGGCUGGCCUAUGACAAUUGGACCUACUCGAAUCGUUUUCAGUUUGACGUCCAUCACUACAAACGAGGACAUAUCAAUCUGACUUUUCAUGGCAUUGACACAGUGUCGGAGAUCCGUUUGAAUCAUCACCUCCUGGGCCGCACUGACAACAUGUUCGUCCGGUACUCCUAUGACGUCAGCAGUCUCCUACAAAAAGAAAACUUACUGGAGGUGGAGAUCCUGUCCCCUAUAUCGGCGGCCCUGGCGAGGGCCAAAGCUCUGGAAAAGGAUGGCAAGAUCGUGCCACCGGAAUGCCCCAACCAGCGAUACCACGGUGAGUGUCACAUGAAUAUGUUGCGAAAAAUGCAGGCGAGCUUCUCCUGGGACUGGGGUCCCGCUGUCCCCUCCGCUGGGAUCUGGAAGAAUGUGGAGCUAGAGAUCUAUGAGGUGGCCGUCAUCCGCGACGUUGACGUGGCCGUCAGUCGCAAUGACACGCACUGGAACAUGCAGAUUCGCUGCUACAUAGAUGCGGUUGGCAAGCAGAACUUCUAUGGAAGGCUAAUUCUAUAUGCAGUCGAGCUAUUGGAGCGUCCGGUGGUGGUGGAGACACAUGUAUCGAAAUCCAUUAGCUACUUGGCGCCGGUAAUUGAGUUUGAUCAAGCUGUGCCCAUUGAGAAAGUCGUGACCUGGUGGCCCAAUGGCUACGGCGAGCAGAAACUUUAUCCGCUUCAUUUCACACUCAAGACCUGGCUGGACGCUGAUGGACCCGAGAUCCGAUCGAAGACCAAGUCUCACAAGUCGGUCGGCGUCGGUUUCCGAACCCUCGAAUUGGUUGAGGUGCCCGCUCCAGACGGCAUUGGAAACACAUUCCUCUUCCGUGUCAACGAAGUUGAGAUUUUUAUGAAGGGAAGCAAUUACAUACCAUCCGACAUUCUGCCUGAAUUACAAACAAAUGAGCAAAUUGGUCACUUACUAAGAUCGGCCAAGCAGGCGAAUAUGAACAUGCUAAGAGUGUGGGGAGGAGGGGUCUACGAGUCGGACUACUUCUACCAGCUCGCCGACUCCCUCGGCAUCCUUAUCUGGCAGGAUAUGAUGUUUGCCUGCGCCAUGUACCCAGUGAGUGACGACUUCCUGUCCUCAGUGCGUGAAGAAGUUCGUCAGAACGCCAAGCGUUUGUCGCAUCACCCCAGCGUUGCCAUUUUCGUGACCAACAACGAGAACGAAGCCGCAUUGGUGCAGAAUUGGUAUGGAACGUUUAGUGAUCGAGAACGAUUCGAGAGCGAGUACCGAGAGCUUUACCUGGCCAAUGUCAUUCACGAACUGAAAAUUGUCUCACAUGGCUCUCGGCCCCAGCCACUGGUUUCAUCCCCGUCCAACGGAAAGGCGAGUGAGCAGGAUAACUACAUUUCUCAGAACCCACAGGACAACCAUAACGGCGAUGUACACUUCUACGACUACUUAAAAGAUGCUUGGAAUCCGGAGAUUUACCCGCGCCCUCGGUUUGUUAGCGAAUACGGCUUUCAGAGCUUUCCCGGGGCCUAUGCCUGGCAGCGGAGCAAGAGCGACAACGACGACAUCCUUGAUGUCAUAAACCACCGGCAACACCAUCCACUGGGGAACAUUCCUGUGAUUACUCUGGUCGAGAGACACCUUCCGCUUCCCAUGCCAGAAGACGAGAACUAUGCCAGCGCCCUGAUCUAUUUUAGCCAGAUUGCCCAGGCCAUGGCAACCAAGACCGAAACGGAACUCUACCGAAGUCUUCGGGACACCCCGCACAAUACAAUGGGCGCCCUUUACUGGCAGCUGAAUGACGUCUGGGUGGCGCCAUCCUGGUCCGGUAUUGAUGUUUACGGUAACUGGAAGCUUCUUCAUUACUGGGCCCGCGACUUCCUUGCCCCCAUCGCUAUCGUUGCCCUUUACGACCGACCAACCAACUCGCUGAACAUCUCACUGAUUUGCGACCAGCUGAAGCCAAACACCCGUGGUCUAAUGGUCACAGCCAACGUCCAUCUCUGGUCCCAGCUGCUGCCGCGCAAUUCCACCAGCUGGACAGUGACCCUGCGACCCAACGGCGUUCAGUACGACAAGGUCAUUUCCAUCACCGAACUUCUUCAGGGGGACUUCACAAAAUACAACGCCUUUCUGGAGUUUCAGCUGCGCCGUGGGCCAGAGGUAAUCUCCCGGACAUACUUCUUUCCCACCAGCAUUGCCGCAGCUAUUGGCAUUGAAGAUCCUGGACUGGAGUACGAGAUUGCCUCCAGGACCUGUCUAACCACUGGUAACGUCGUCCGGAACAGUAUUAGCAUCAGCAUCCAGGUGAAGCGUCCGGCAGCGUUUGUUUAUCUGGAACUAUUGAAGCCAUAUCGCUACACUCUGUCAGAAAACGGAUUCAUGCAGACAACGCCGAUGCACGUCGUCUACCUGACCUUCGACGCCGCAUCGUGCUUCCGAUUGCUGCGCAAGUCGGACCUUCGAGUGUUAACAGUAAACGAUUUUAUGAAAUAGACUUCUGCACUUUCCUUGACAACUUUAAUGCGAACUUCUAUAAAUAGCUUAACAACAACAAAUCAAUAAAUAUAUCAGUUAAACGUUUAGCACCCA